CUGCUCCCUCCUGCAGUACCAGUCCAUCCUGGAGAAGCAGACGUCUGACCUCAUGCUUUUCCACCACCACUGCAAACUUAAGGAGGAUGAGGUCACUCUCUUCGAAGAGGAAAUGGGGAAACACGACAAGAACAUGGGGGAAAAACUCCAUCUGGCUCAAGAGCAGCUUGCCUUGGCAGGGGACAAGAUCCUCUCCCUCGAAAGGAGCUUAAACCACUACCGGGACAAGUACCAGACGUCCCUGAGCAACAUCGAGUUGCUAGAGUGCCAAGUGAAGAUGCUGGAGGGGGAACUCAGCGGAAUUCUCAAUAAGGAGCCCGAGAACAAGGGCGACCAUCCGAAGGUGGGCUGCUACACGUCUCCCUGCACGGCUCGGGAGCACCAGGAGACCCUGAAGCGGCUGUCUCAAGUCUGGCAAAAGGUUUCCGAGCAGGAUGACCUCAUCCAGGAGCUCCGGAAUAAACUGGCCUACAGCAACGCUUUGGUUCUGGAGCGUGAGGAGACUCUGGUAAAAUUACAAGCCGACUUCACUUCCUACACGGCCACCCACAGGGAUCUCUCUGCCUCCUCGGAUGAGUGUGAUGACAUCAAAAAGCUUCUGAAGCACCUGCAGGAACAGAAAGACAGCCAGUGCCUGCACAUUGAGGAGUACCAGAACCUUGUGAAGGGCCUGAGCCUGGAGCUGGAAGCUGUGUCAGACCAGAAGAAAAACAUCAUGCAGGACAUGAUGAAGCUGGAGCUGGAACUACACACACUGCGGGAGGAGGCAGCAGCCCAUGUUGAGAAGAAGGACACGGAUGUCGCCAUCCUGUAUCAAAGCCUGCUGGACCUGCAGCAGCAGUGCACAGAGACACAGAAGCUGGCCCUGAAGAAGGACCAGUUGCUCCAAGACAAAGAUGAGAGACUACACGAGCUGGAGAAGAAACUGGCAGCAGCACAGAACACCCUCAUGGAGAAAGAGAUGGAGCAGGAGAGGCUACGGCACAUUAUAAAAGACCUCCAAACCCAGCUCCAGGGGACGACACCAAAGACAUGCAAAGUGGACUGUGAGGCCCAGAAGCUGAAGGAGUGUCUUGAGGAGACCAAGGAGCAGCUGAAGGUGGCAGAUCAGAAGCUAAACCAGUGUAAGGACGAAGCACAGCUGGCCAAAAACAACCUUCAGGACGCUCAUCGGAAAAUUGAGAAUUUCCUUCUCCUGGAUAAGGAGAAGACAGAUGUCAUUGAAGAGCUGCAGAGUCAGGUGCAGAAGCUGAAGAAGGAGCACAAGGCGCAUGAAGAGGACCAAGCAGAAAACAGGAAGCGGCUCGAGGAGCUGGCCUCAGAACUCUGUGAAAGCCAGAGGAAGCUUUCAGUUUCAGACAAGGAAAAGCUGAUGCUUCAGAACACCCUGAAUGAAGAUGAGAGGAAAAGAAACCAGUUGCUUGAUGAAGCCAAAUGUAACGAUCAAAAGCAGGGUGCUUUGAGAAACAAGCUAGAAGAGGAACUUCUGGAGGUUAAAAUAUUACUGGAGGAGAAACGGGAGCAGCUGAAAAAGAGCAAAGAUCAGGAAAAGUUGCUGGAAGCAGAAAUCGAGGCUUUGCAACAGGAAGCGAAAAAGAGGGAGAAGACGGCGAAGGAGCACCUGAGGAAGCUGGAGGAGGAGAAAGAGAACCUGCAGACGGAGCUCAACAGCUGCUCCUCACACCUGGAAAGCGCUACCAACAAAGUCAGCAACUGCAACAGGGUCAUCCAAGAGCUCAACGCAGAGAUAGCCCGCCAGAAAGACUCCAUCAUGAGUCUGCAGACGAAGCUCGACUCAGCUCUACAGAAAGAGAGGAAGUUAAUGCAGACCAUGGUCAGUAAGGAAGCCUACGAAGAAGCCGUACACAAGUCGGGCAUCUGCCAAGAUGACCUGACACAAGCUCUGGAGAAGCUCACUCAUGCCACCUCUGAGACAAAGAACCUGCAGCACAUCCUGCAACAGACCCAAGAGAAGAAAGCUCAGCUGGAAAAUGAAAUCAUAGCUUACGAGGAAAGGAUGAGAAAGCUCAACGUGGAGUUAAAAAAAUUGCAGGGCUUCCACCAGCAGAGUGAGCUAGAGGUGCACAACUUUGACAAGAAACUGGAGGAGAUGAGCUGCCAGGUGCUGCAGUGGCAGAAGCAGCACCAGAAUGACCUCAAGAUGCUGGCGGCGAAGGAGACGCAGCUUCGGGAAUUCCAGGAGGAAAUGGCCACCCUGAAAGAGAACCUCCUUGCGGAUGAGAAGGAGCCAUGCUGCCUGUCCCCGAGGCCGACAACCAAAGACACCUGUAGGAUCCACCAGGACAGUGAUCAGAUUAUGUGCAACAUGGAGCAGUGGGCAAAGGAGCAGAAGAUUGCCAAUGAGAAACUUGGAAACAAGCUUCGAGAGCAGGUCAAAUAUAUCGCCAAGCUGACUGGUGAAAAGGACCAGGAACCCUCCAAGCAGACCAAACCUUCCUCCUCCCCUCCCUCUCCCUCCUGCAGCCACCUCCACAAUGUAAUGCUCCAUCUGCAGCAGGAGAACAAAAAGCUGAAGAACGAGAUAGAAGAGAGGAAGCUGAAGGCCGGGAAUGGGAGGAUCUGCAACAAAGUCCUGAGCCCAAGCAAACUGGAGGCCACCACAAAGGCGAAGCCGUGCAGUGCGAUGGGCUGGAGAGGAGUAGCCCAGGACCUGCCACGGAAAACAGAUGUCACCAAGUACAUGGGGAUGCCCCACUUUUCGGGAUCCUCAUAUUCCUAGAAUCGGACCAUCGCCCUAAGCUCCUUUCUACUCGGUUUCUGAGGACAGUGAGUUUCCAUCCCUCUUACUUGACUGGAACCAGCCCCUACGGUCAUCUGUCAAGACCCCUGCCUAGUUUGCAAGAUGUUCAUGAUUUAUUGAGUUUUGUCUACUUCCUGAAGUAGAGUGAGCUGUGGUAUCCCACUCCCCCCACCUCCAGGACAAACUAUGAAAUAAA